AUGGCCUCGGAACUCGCCUCGACCUACGCCGCCCUCAUCCUCGCCGACGAGGGCCUCGAGAUUACCGCCGAGAAGAUCACCGCUCUCACCUCGGCUGCCGGUGUUGAGGUCGAGCCCAUCUGGGCCUCGCUCCUCGCCAAGGCUCUCGAGGGCAAGGACGUCAAGGAGCUCCUUACCAACGUCGGCUCCGGCGCUGGGGCUCCCGCUGCCGCUGCCCCCGGCGCUGGUGCUGCCGCUGGCGGUGACGCCGCUCCCGCUGAGGAGAAGGCCAAGGAGGAGGAGAAGGAGGAGUCGGACGACGACAUGGGCUUCGGUCUCUUCGACUAA